AUGGAGAAAUCGAGCGAGUGUUUCUGGGGCGUGAUCGCUGAUCUACUCACGGUGUGCUCCCAAAGAGACGGGGUCGAGUACAUGCUCGUCACAAAACAUCGAGACAAGGGCCUUGAUUUUCUGUACUCGUCCGGGUUCACUGCCACCAACAAGGACAAAAUCGAGGACUUGCUUCAGGAGUAUACUGGCGGCAGUUUAUCAACAAUCAAGCCCGCCCUCCUGAAGCAGUACAUGUUGGAGCUUUCCAGAACGUCUAAUCAAGAGUUGUACACCCAGUACUACAACUUGUUGAGCUGCGUGAGCCAGAUUGCCUGCAAGGAGAUUGCAAAGAAGUGGAUCAAAGUCGUGGAGCCCAAGAAACAGAAAAUGUACCCUUACAAGGACCACAACGUGUCCAAGCCCCCAUGGUGGCCCCACAACGUGGACCAUAUCGAACCAGACCAUUUGGAGAAGGAUGGCCGCAUCCAGCUCCUCAUAAGGAUCCUCAGGGAUCCGACCAUCCCCAUUGAGUCCUUGAAGCUACAGACCACCCAUCUCAACUUCAAGUUUCCUAUUGUUCAGAGACUAUUGAGUGAAAUUUACUAUCUAGCAUUUUGGGACCGCGCUUUCUAUGGCUAUUGUAGCGGAAGUACCCACUACAAAACGCCCCUGGUGGGCCAGGAUCUGGUCUUUAUCAACGUUAGCAACCUAAGAGAGUCAGAGCUGAAGCCUGGCAUUUUACGAGUCAGCCAGAUUGUGCCAAGCGAGCUUAAUUCGGCCAUCUACGAUGUUCAAGGUUGUCUUCCCGUGGUGGGGCAACUGGAAGUUAGAACACCAACUACUAAACCACCUGAAGUCGAACCCCUCGCAAAGAAGAGAAGAUUGUCAGCUACUCCACUGAAGGCCAGUACGAACGUAGACUGUUUCAGUGACGUGAGCUCGUUGGGUGAUUCAGUCAAUUAUUACUACAACAAUGCUACGUAUCUGCAACCCAUCAAGAUGGAAUGUACUGAGUUGACAUUUCCUCGUUUGUACCCUCCAGAUCAGACAGAAUCUGAUUAUGUUCCCUUUCUGUAUUUACCGUAG